GAGUCUGGCUCUGUCACCCAGGCUGGAGUGCAGUGGCACGAUCUCAGCUCACUGCAACCUCUGCCUCCCGGGUUCAAGUGAUUCUCCUGCCUCAGCCUCCUGAGUAGCUGGGAUCACAGGCGUGCGCCACCACACCCGGCUAAUUUUUGUGUUUUGUUUUAGUAGAGACAAGGUUUCACCAUAUUGAUCAGGCUGGUCUCAAACUUCUGACCUCGUGAUCCACCCGCCUCAGCCUCCGAAAGUGCUGGGAUUAUAGGCUUAAGCCACCGCGCCCAACCUCAUGGAAGGACUUUCUUUGUCAUUAGGUGUGAGGGGAUCAGGGCUGCUGGCUGAUUGAUUGACUGAUUGUAUCUCAGCUCCCACCCAUCUAAUUUGUCCAGUGUUGGAAAGUGGCAUUUGCUUCUUUGCCCAGGCUAACAAGAGUUGCUGCUGGAAAUACAGAUGUGCAGAUGCCAAGGCGAUGCUUUCAGGCACCCGGGCGGCCCUCUGUGCAGUGGGCAGUGUCUGUCUGCAGUGCUUUGCUCACUCCUCGCCUCUCGGUCCCCUGCAAUGGCAGCCCUCCUCCCACCUGCCAGGAUGCCCCUCCCCUCUCCUUCAAGGUGUUCACGCACUCUCUCUCUCUCCCAUUUUGUGGACAUAGUUACACCUUCUAAAGGAUUUUCACCCAGAAUUGUAUUUCUUUGACAUUCUUAUAAGCUGCCCCAGAAGACAACACAGGGCAAAUAAUAAUGCUCUAUCUGUUUUGACAGUUUGAGCUAUUAUUUGCCUUGAUUUAUGGGGAAUUAGACCUGAGGUAAUGGUUUUCUCAGAUGUUGCUAAGCACAGCAGAGGGUGACAAGAGCAUCCUAGGGUCUGUCUGGGUUCUCCAGCAGCUGGGAGAAGCAAAGUCGUGAAAAACCCUGCCCAGGGAGGCUGACAGGAGUGCCUCCGCCAUGGCAGACUCCCCAGCCCGGGGCUUUUGGGUAUAUCCUGUGCACUAGCGCUUGGCAGUCACUAGCUCACCCCAGUGUUCGACUGAGGGGAUGCUACUCUGAAGUCACCAGCUACAGAGGGCAAUGCACGGGACAAGCUUUGCAGCUUCAGUUUCCAGCAGGAUCUUCUGCAGCGAUGGAGAGGUUCUGCAUCUGCUCUGUGCAACAUGGUGGUCCUCAGGUUGGGACUGUGCUGUUGGGCACUCAAGAUGUGGCCUGUGCAGAUGCAGAACUGAAUGCUAAUUGUAUUUAUUUUCAAUUAACUUACAGUCACAUUUAAAUAGCCACAUGUGUCUGAUGGCUGCUUUAUUGGACAGUACAGCUUUGGAGAAUGGGAAGAAAAUAAUCUGAACUAUUUACAUUUAUUUUCAUCUAAGAAAUGGAGAAAUUAACUUUACCAAUAUAUGUUGUUCAGAGCAACACUGGGACCCUUGCUGCAUUUGUUUCUCAGUGGUCACUGCCAUGUGGAUGUGCAGGGGUCCUGGGGAAGGUCCCCAGCCAGAGAGGGGCAGUGGUGCCUUAGUGGCUUUUAUCGGGAUCUCAUAAAUAGCUGAGGUGUACUUGUUUUACUGGAUUUACAAACUAUCUGUUUUUAAAGAAAACUAAUCCUUGCUAAGGGAGGCAUUGACCUAAACAGAAACCUGCAUACAAUCAGCCUGACACUGUUUGUGAAGAUGCAAACUUAAGCAAACAAUGUUGGACGAUAAAGAUGGCCUUUCUACCCCUCCCACGAGCUGGUGUUGGCCACUCUACAGGUUUCAACAGUGACAAUCUCAUCACGUCUGACAAGAAGGCCGCACAGAUCACAAUGACCAAGACUAUUUGAGGUCUGGAUUUACAUGCCCAGUCGCCAAGGGUGACCCACACCGUAAUUAUAUGCUGUGUCUUGAAAUAUUAACUAAACCGUCUCAAAUCAAGAUAAACAAGACAGUCAAGUACUAGACACUUGGAGAUUGAGAUGAACUCUUAUCAUUUGUAAGAUCCUCACUACAGUACAUUAUAAAAAUUCAAGAAGCAUGUGAUAAAUUUCCAGAAGCCUCUUUUGAGUUUUCUGACUUAGUAGCAAUUUUAGUCAAACACUAUUGAGGAAACACUUCCAGCUGUGGUUCAAAUUGCUGAUACAAAGAAAAUAACACAGUGGCAAACCAAAAUGUAUUUCCUUGUCAUAAAAUACUGUCGGAACACAUGUGGGAAACGUCACUGAAGACAGAAGGAAAUAGGAUAGAACAGGCUACAUCGUGUGGGAGAUUUGCCACACGCUUGGAGCAAAGUAUAGAUGUUCCCUUUUUAACUUCUUAUUUUAAAAAUAAUUUCAGAUUUACAGGAAAAUUGCAGAAGGAGUACAGAGAGUUCCCACAUACCCUUCAGCCAGUCCCCCUGAUGUUAACACUUACAUAACCACAGUACAGCAAUUGAAACCAGGAAAUUAACACUGACACCACACUAUGAACAAAUUUUCAAGCUUUAUCUGAAUUUCAACAGGUUCCCACUCAAGUCCUUUUCCAGUCGGACCCCAUUCUGGAUCCCACAUGGUGUUUGGUUGUGGGUUUCCUCUGACUUCUCCAACUUGGACAGUUCUUCAGGUUCUCCUGGUCCUUCGUGGUGUUGGCACUUCUAAAGAGCACUGAGCAGGUGUUUUUAGGAUGUCUCUCCCUUUGAGCUUGUCUGAUUUCUUUCUCAGGGAUAGACUGAGGUGGUGCAGGAACACCUGGGGGACAUAUUGGGUUAUUCUCAGCUCCUCUCAUGGAGGUGGCGGGUACAUGAGGUUGAUAUGAUCUCCUGGUGAUGUUGAACUUGAUCUCUGAGGUAAGGGCCUGUCUGGCAGAUUUCUCCUAUAAAGUUAAUAUUUUUCCUUUUGUAAUUAAUAAGUAUCUUGUGGGGAAACACUUUGAUACUGCAAAUAUCUUGUUUCUAAUCAAGGCAUAUAUAUAUAUAUAUUUAUCUCCAAUGUGUCUUGACUCAUGAUAUUUGCUGUAUUCUGUUUAAAAAAUAAAAUUUUAAAAAGAUAUAUCUGUCCCUGUGUAUCCAAAGAAAGAUGUGCCAUAGAACAUAUGUUCUUACCAGUAUUUAUUACAAUAAAAAAUUUUUGAUGGAAAAACUAUUAGCCUUAUGGACUGAAGUUAACAAAACAAUGAAUCUGGGGUGAGGUCACAGUUGCUGCAAGACACGUGAAACUCACCCGUUGUGUGCUGCAUGAAGUUACAACAAGCAGAAGUCAGCCAGGUGCCACAGAUCACCAAUGUAUUGAUUUAAAGAUAAAAAACAGACAUUAAAAUAUAAAAGAAUAUUUAUAAUACUUUGUAAUGAGGUGGAAAUGACCAUGAAAAUAUUUUGUACCACACAAAAUUAUUCUGGAUAAAUAGUAGCAGGGUAGUUAGAAAGGUGUUGAACUUAAAGAUGAAUUACACAGUUUUCUUUUACAAAAAACCCAGUUGUUCAAAAUUUGUGACCUAUCAUUGGGAAAACAAAUGUUUUUUAAAAGUAUGUUUCUUGGCAAAUGCAAAAAAAAAAAAAACCAGAAUAAACACUGUUAAUUUGUUCCUUCAAAAUAUGUGAUUUAAAAAAAUAAUGAGUAAGAAAGUAACAUCUUUUGGAAUAAAAACUUGAGAGAACCACUUGAAAGCAGAUGGGCUAAAAUUUUUAUUGGUGCUAAAAGUAAUGGAUGUCACCUGUGAAAAUGUUCCUGUCUGCAUACUUGAAAAAAUAGCGAUAUCAUUUUCUAUCUUAUCUAACAAUCCUCCCAACAAUGGUGAGUUUAAGUCCAUUUGUUAAAAAACACAAGCAUGCAUUGCUUAAUGAUGGAAAUACAUUCUGGGAAAUGUGUCCUUAGGUGAUUUUGUCACUGUGCAAAUGACAGAGCACACUUACACAAACCUAGUGAUACAGCUUACUGCACACCUAGUAUGCCUAUGGCUCCUAGGCCACGAACCUGAACAGGUGUGCAGUAGGCUAUGUAUCACUGCACUAUGUAUGUACCAUACAUAGUAUGGAUGGUACAGCCUGUGGCUCCGAGGCUACAAACCUGUUUAGCAUGUGACUGUAUUGAAUGCUGUAGACAACUGUAACACAAUGGUAAGUGUGUAUCUAGGCACACCUAAACAUAGAAAAAGGAACAGGAAAAAUACAGUAUAAUAAUCUUAUGGGACCACUGUGGUAUAUGUGGUCUGUUGUUGACCAGAACAUCAUUAGGUGGUACAUGACCGUAUUAAAAUGUAAACCUUCUGAUUAGUUUGCCAGAACAGCUAAUUGAUAUCAGGGAAGAUAUUACCAGCUGAGUUUCAACAAAAAAUGUUUACAUAAUUGGAAGAUGAAAUUGAAACAUGAGUAACACGAUUCAAUAAGUCAAUUAUUCAUUACUAUCUGGAUCUGUGCUUCUUUGAGAAGUACUUUAGAUCAGUUUGACAGCCAUUAAAAUCAAGUACUGAAAUUAACUGAACUGAGAGUCAGACCUUCAGAUGCUGUAUCAGAAAAUGUUAAAGUAAGAUUCUCAAAAAUAGUGAGGUGUGUUCAAUCGCACUGCUCUCCACUAAAAAUAUCAUGAAGAACAGUAAUAUUUUAGUGAACAUAAAAGGUUUUAAUAUGACAAAUAAUAUAAAAUUAUUUUAGAGUACUAUUAGUUUAAUCUUUAAAUCAUACUUUAGACAUCUUAUUGUUUUAUAAUAUACAUAAUAUGCCAGCAUGGUGGUGCGUAUAGUUUAUAGAUACCUAUGUAUGCAUUGGGUGGGUUCGCUCAAACAUUUCACAGAUAGGGGUGUAGGAUUAAAAACAUGUUAUAAAUGACUGCACUGAAGGUGGUAAACCAAAUACUAUCUGACUGUACUGCAGAGUGAAUUUUUACAUGCAUGAUCUCAUUUAAUUCUCACAACAAUGAGAUGCAGGUAUUAUUUUUCAGGCAAUAGUUGUGCCUAGUUUUUAGUUCAGAAAACCCGAAAUCUAGAGAAGUUAAAAAAUGUAUUUGUGUUUUCAAAGCAGUGAGGGAUUCGCCGGGACUGGAAACCAAAGCUUUUGGCUCUUUUCAUGUCAUGGUUGUGACUAAGAAUGGAGACCGUCCUCAGGGCUUCACGGUGUGUUCUAAAAUGGACUUUCCACUCGACAUGCAGCCUGAAAUCGUAAAAUCAGCAGUGACCCUUAAAGGAAUACUUGCCAAUGCGUCUUCACAUGCUGGGUGUCCAACAGAUAGAAGUUGGACCUGUAAAUUUACAUCGACAAAUAGCACACAAUCCUCCUCUGAGCCAUUCCCUACAGUAGCAAGGCCGCUCUUCCUAGCAUGUGAAGUAGUUUAUUCCUCAUGCAGGAGAGCAUUAUGAAUCCUAAUUACUGCUUCACAUUUGUAAAGCACCUUCAUAUGGCUGGCUCAUCUCAUCACAGGUACUCUUAGAUGGAACGUCGCUUACCCUCAUUUUACAGAAAAGGAGACCCAGGCACAGAGAAGCUGACUGCUGCUGAGCUGGGCCAAGCCUAGAGCUCGCUGCUCCCAUCUCAAAUCUGCCCACUGGAUGGUGUAUCUCCUGACCCAAGGUGCGGCAGACACCCAGUUACUUCUGCACAGCCACUUCAGAGAAUCUCCUUCUGGGUGUAGUAGAUUUGCCUCUGGGAGCCAUUUCUUAGAAUGCAGUUACACUUUGGAAGAGAUGGUGGCUAUUAUCUAUUUAUGCCAAAGUAUUAUUUAACCUAUUAGGUUGCUUUCUAAACCAUCAAAUGAAUAGAAUUUUGUGCCAAAGAAAAUGAGACAGGAGCCAUGCCUAUGAUCUUGUGGGCAGAGAGGGAAAGUGGGUCAGGGCUCAGGGGCCUUGCAGGCAUUUGGAGGGUGCAGCAGGGUUUAAAGUUCAAAAGUCACUCUUGGUAUUUAUACCAACCUAAUGAAGGAGGAGAAGAGGUGAUUCUUAGCCCCCAUUUCACAGAUAAAUUAACUGAGGCUCAGAAGGGAACCUAAUGUAACUUUCUUAAGGUCACACAACUCUUAAGAGGUCCCUACAAAACAUUGAGUCUACUUUUUUUUCCUUUUUAUCUUUUGGAAACAGGGUCUUGCUCUGUCACCCAGGCUGGAGUGCAGUGGUGUGAUCAACAAGUCAUUGGAGCCUUGACGUCCUGGGCUCAGGGCAUCUUCCUGCUUCAGCCUCCUGGGUACCUGGGAUCACAGGUGCCUGUCAACACACCCAGUUAAUUUUUGUAUUUUUUUUUUUUUUGUAGAGACAGGGUCUCAGUAUGUUGCCCAGGUUGGUCUCAAACUCCUAGUCUCAAGUGAUCCCCCAGCCUCAGCCUCCCAAAGUGCUGGGAUUAUAGGCAUGAGCUACUGGGUCCAGCCAUCAGUCUACUUUUUCAUUUCUGUUGCUAAUACUUCACUUGGGUGGCUCUUACUAGGGGUAGUUCUGCCUCCUUGGAGCUGUUUGGUGUCUGUGGGGACACUUUGGCCAUCUUGAUGAUUGGCAGUGCUGCUGGUAUCUAGGUAGGGUAUCUGGUGGGCAGGGCUAGGAGUGAUGGAGGUUUUAGAAAGUGCCAGGCAUCCCCACACAGGAAGAAUUGCUUUGCACCUGCCCCGCUUCCUAAAGGCCAGCUGGACAUUCAUGCGGAAUGGCUUGACCUUGUGCUUGUGAGUUUUUGAGACUAGAAUGUAAAGCUGCACCCAGGUUCAGCGACAGACAAAACAGCAGGGCGCUCAGAGCCCCCCUGUCCAAGGUGCACAACCGGGGUUCAGACCCUCCCUAUGAAGUGGUGCCAGGGUCCAAACUUCCCCUGGGAAGUGGCUGGAGGUCCCUUUCCAAACUCUCAGUGGUGCCUUGGGACUGCCUCUGCUUUGGAAGUAUUUGUUCUUUAUCUCUCUGCUCAUAUGCAAAAGAACUUAUUAAAAAGCUGUCAUAGAGUCUUGGGAAGUUUUUGUGAUUGGAUGCACCUGAGCUCAUAUCUUGGUUCUCCUACUUUCUUGGGCAAGUCACUAAACUACUCUAGAUCUUGGUUUCUUUAUUUGUAAAAUAGAGUAAAAUGCCUUUUUCAUUUGGCCAUCCAGAAAGUUAAAUGAGAUCACAUGUGUAUUUAAAGCACAUAGGCCUAUUCCCAUUUGAUUCUUUCAUUUCUUCUUCUCCCUUCUUUCUGAUGAAGGAGGACUUUAGUUUGCUUCUGUAACUUAACCCAUACUUAAACAGGAAGAGUAUAUUUAGCACUGAGAAUAUAUUUUUUUUCUGCAGCUGUCCUAGAUUAAAAUAAACAAAAAUAAAUAAAUGAAUGCCUACCAUUCUGAGCAGCUCAGGUGUAUGUUUGAGACUGCUUUGAAACUCUAAUACAAGCACAGGCAUACCUGUCCUGGUGCUUUUGCACACAAGCCUCACACUGUCCAGGAGGACAGAGUGUGUUUGGCUCCCAAGUGCAUGUGGAGCCCCCUCCAGAUCUGGGGAGGCUGCCCCAUAUGGUGCUGGACAGUGGCUGCACCAGGACCUGGAGGGGAACCUGAGACCUAGGCCCAGGCAGGUGGGGGCUGUGAACAUGUGGCUGUGAGAGGCCAUUGUCCACACACAGACAGCCCAAGUUGUUCAACUCCAUUUGCCAACCCAUGCCCUGCCCCUGGCUUGACUGGUCCGCCUCCUCUUCUGCUACUAAAGUCUCUCCUGAAGCUGAGAAUCAGCCAAUGAGGAUGACAGUGCCAGGGAGAGAGGAUCCUGUGUUGGUCAAGGAUGUGCGAGUAGCUGUUACCUCCAUUGGCAGUUUUGUCACUAAAAGACCUCAUUCACUUGAGCAUUUGAGGAUGAUCAAAUAGAAUCACUAAUUUUGGUUAUUUCCAGUUUGGUCUGCAUUAGACCAUGACCAAGGAAAGCUGUGCCAAUGACAAGCCAUAUGCUUAAGUUUUCACCACAUAAAAAGUUACUUUUAGGCAGAAGUCAUGAUACACUUUCCAAGAAAUGGUUGUGGAAUAUUGUCCAAGCUGCGGGGGAUUCGUUAAGUGGACAUUGGAGAGCAGUGGUGCCUGGUGGCUUGGCACAGGUUCAGAUGGAGAGACAAAAAAAAAAAAAAAAAAAAAAUGCCAUAAAAUAAGCGAAGCAUUGGUAGAGCCCAGAAAAAGUACCUGAUUUUCCAGUUGGAAGUAACCCAAAAACGUGGUCAAGAAUUUAUAUUGAUUUUUCAAGACCUUUCUAGGGAAAGAACUUGAGGAUCCUGGUAAGCUUUUCCAAAAUGACUCAGAGUAUCCAUUUCUGUUUCUUCUCAAACCUUGCUAUAAUCACUGCAGGUCUGAAGAAACUCCACAAAACCUAAGCAGCCUCAAUAAGAAGAAAUCUAGACACACCAUGGUCAAACUGCAAAAACCAAAUCUUAUGAUACAGUGGGCAGUGGGCUAUGUGUGCCAGAGAGGGCUUGAUCUCAGGGGGUCCCUGGGGGUCUCCUGGUUUGUGUGGUAUGUUGUUCUCAGAAUAUGACUGCCAGUAAAGUGCUGUAUUGUCCAAGAUGUAAUCAUUCCUUGUUUAUUCGUUCCUGCCACCCUACACAGAAGGCAUCAGAGUCCUAGAACGGCAGCUUGUUUUAAGUAGAAUUUCAUGCAAUUGAGAGAAUUUAAUAAGGUGGGUAGAAUCUCAUGUAUUAUAUGUGUAAUUAAUAGGCAAAAAUUAACAACCAUUUAUGCCAACUACAAACAGAAGAUCUGAUGGAAUAAAGGACAACUUUUAUAAUAACAACAACUACUCGGAAUACUGCAGGAUAUUACUACUACUUCAAAGUACUUCAAGAUAAAGAAGAGGAUAAAACAAGUGGAAAACCAUAGUAUGUUCACGGGUAGGAAUCUACCUCAUCAUAGAGAAAUCACUUCUCUGUAGUUUAUUUAUAAGUUAAGCUUGAUCCCAUUUAAAAUAUGAGAAGUGUUGAGGAUUUUUUAAAAUGAGAAAAACCAAUUAUAAACUUUAUAAGACACAUACAUAUGAGAUUUACAUGAACUGUCUCUGGAAAGAUGCAGGAGAAAUGGAGUCCAUUGGCUGCUCCCUGGGAAGGAAAUAGGAUGACUGGGGGAAUGACUGGGAGAUUUAUUUCAUUGGCUCUCAUUUUGAUUUAUUUUUAUUUUGAACUAUGUGAAUAUAUAAUUUUUGAAAAUAGAAAAUUAUUUAAAAUAGUAGUAUAGAUAUUAAGCAAUCAAGAAAACCCAGGAAAAUACUGAAAAAUAAAACAAUAAAGUUUCCCAUGUAUUAAAACAUAUUAUAAUGUGGCAUUAGUUCAUGAAUAGAGGGAUGGAACUACCUAGGAAGUCCAGAAAAUAGAUGCCAUAUUAUUACGUAAUAAAGUGGCAUUUGAAAUCAGUGGGAGAAGUGUAUUAUCAUCUGAAAGAGAAAGCUGGAUUCCAACCACUCACAUUUACAAAGUAAAUUUCGUAUGGAUGGAAAAUUUACACAUGAAAAAAAUGAAACCUUAAAAGUAACAGAAAAAACUGGGAGAAUUAUUAAAUAAUCUCUGAUUCAGAAAGGACCUUUUUAAUUCUGACACAAAAUCUUUAAGCCAGAAAAGAAAAGAUUGAGAAAUUUGAUCAACUCCCCACCCCUCAAACUAAGAUAUUCCUGAAUGGCAAACAUCACCAGAAACAAAAUUAAAUGAUAAUAAAUUAGGAAAAAUUCAUGUACUUCACAUCAAAGGAAAACGGCCAAAACAGUUAAUUGUGUUGUGUGUUUUAAAUAUUGAUUCCUAAAAAUCAAUAUUUAAAAAGGACAGUAACUUAAUUUAAAAAGUACCUGAAAACUGUACACACAUACAUAACCAGUUCCUUGGUGCUCAAACUCCUUACAAUAAGAACGCAAACUAAAACACUGAAAUACAAUUUUGUUUGCUUAUCAGAUUGGCAAGGAAUAGUACAAAUAAAGUUUGUUCCCACACUGUAUUUGUAAAGAUGGUUGGGGCGGGGGGGGGGUGGGGGGAAAUGCGCAGUUUAUCUUUGCUGCUGGAACUGUAAACAGGUAAAAUUUCCAUGGAAGGUUCUUUGACGACAGCUAACAAAAUUUAAUACGCAUGACGUCUUCAACCCAGCAAUUCUAGGUGUUUAGCCUAUGGAUCUACCCCAAGGGUGCAGAACGACUCCUGCACAAGUGCACUGAGCACAGUGGUAUUUGUCAAAGCAAGAUAACGGAAAUAAUUUAAUGUCUGUUAGUGGGGAUGGUUCAACAAAUAUUUGUACUGCCAUACAAUAAAAUGCUAUGAAGCCAUUUCAAAGAGUGAGGAUGCGCUAUAUGUGCUGAAAUGAAACAAUUUCCAAUAUAGAAAGUUAAAAAAACUAAUGUGAAGAAGUAAAAAGAAAAAAAAGAACAACAAACAAAAACAAUGUGAGGUAUGUUUAGGAUACUGUCACUCAUAUAAUAUAUUGUAUAUGUGUAUACACAUAUGUAUGUGUAUAUAUGACAUAUAUUUAUGCAGAUAAUGCAUUAUAUAAUACUUGCAUUGCCAAGAAACUGGUAAGCGUGCUCAUCUCUGAAUGGUAGAAGUAAGUGCUGGAGGAAUAGGGGGGCAUGCCAGUGCAUGUUAUAUAUUCAAGAAAUGAAAAAAAUAAAUAAAAUAGUAAAAUAAAACAAUUAAAACCUUUAAAUUUAUCCUUUCUACAGCUUUUACUAAGCAUCUUCAUUGCUGGCCCUGUGUUAGAUGACAGCAUAAACCAGCAAGACAGACCAGGCUGAAGCAAAAUUAAGACUGAGAGACGAAACCAAGGUUGAGCCCAGGUUAGGAAAGUUUAACCUCCCAGCUGGGUGCUCCAGCCCCAAUAGCGUCGCGAUGCUGGGGACGAGGUCUAGGAGAAGGGAAAUGGGGGGCACUUAGAGCCCCAAAUCCAUGAACCACGCUGGUCUGUUUUAGGAAAGCAACAUCUUGAGGCUUCAUGGUGUUCUGUGCUCCCUGCUGGGAAGCGCUGGGCUGGCUGGAGGUUUUCAUCUCGGGACUGGGGGUGCAUCCCCACACUGCCUGGCUGAAUAUGUUGGUGCUUUCCCAAUGUCCUUGACGUCUGGUGUUUGUCUGGUGCAAUACGUCAGUGGGGAGACGGUCGUGCUAACAGCGUAUUCGGCUCAGCAAAAGCUUUCAUUGCAUGCAUCCAUGGCCUCUUUGCAAAGAUGGGAACAGCACAUCUCAAUAACACACAAUUUCAUCGGGCUCUGAUGAUUCAGAAGGCGCCCCGGUGCCUCAGGCUCAUCAUUAGAAGCCAAUGAUGGCUCUGUAGAUGUGGUAGUAAAGUCCAGGUAGCCGAAAGAUUGAGUAAGGAAGCAUUUGCUGGGAAAUGGGGGUCUCUUGCCGCAGUGCUUCCCAGACACCUCAGGAAGUGACCUUCUGCCUGGGGCCUCUCUCCGCUGACAAUAAUGUCGCACACUUCCUUGUCUCAAAGUUGAACACUGCCAAAAUGAUCCACAUCCAAGGUAAGCUGGCUUCAGCUUGUUAAUUUAGUCCUGCUCUCAAAGAAAAGGAAGAGGUCCUCACCCUGGCUGACACCUCUGGCCGCAGUGGCCCUGGUCCCCAGGGUGACAAGGGCCACACUCCUUAAAGAGCCUGAAAUUCCCAGGAAGCUCUCCUUUUAAAUCCAGUUAGGGAAUAUUAUUUAUAACACAUGCCUCACAGAUAUUAAUUCAUUAAGAGAAAUAACGGAUGCGGAAGUGCUGAGGACUGAGAGUAACCUACUAACACGGCCCCAUCCUCAAGGGGCUUUCCCCAUUUAGCCGGGGCUGGAGAACUGUGUAGGAUGUUUACUUAGUGCUUUGAAAAAACUCACUGCAUCCCCUCAACAAUCCUUUCAUGUGGCUGUUAUAAUUUUCUCCAUGGUUGCAGAUGAAAAAACAAAUCAUUCGGGAAGGUUGAGCCAUUAUCCAUGGCCACAGAGCUCCAAAGCGGUGGAACUCGGAAUUGAAGCCCAGGUGGGUUGAAGCCAGGGCCGCAAACGUGCUCCCUGCCGCCCCACUGCCUGGCCGACACACUCGCGGGUGCCGGGGCCACUGCACGCAUGACAGUGCCAGGAGCGUGCACUUACUCCCCGAGCCCUUCCCUCCACGGCCAGGCCCGCAGUGUGAGUGCCGGGGCCUUCGGCGAAGCACAGGGAAGCCCAGCGCCCUCGCCCUGGUCCUUUGACACAGGACGAGACCUCCUCUGGGCAGAGGCCCCUGGAUUCUGGGGCUUUCUGCCAGGCAGGGGCUGGGGCAGGCCCCGCACGCCAGCACCUGCCCCCGCACACAGGCAUCUGCGACCCCGGGACUUAGCCCCGCUGGCCCGCGGCAGUCUCCAUUCCUAAGCACCCAGAGCUGCCUCUGCGCUCUCCUGUGCCCGCGUCUCCUCUGUUCUGUUUCGUUCCACUCUGCUUCGUGCUUGUCUCAGUUACAUUUCCGUAAGGGUUCGGGUCCUCAGCUUACUAAGGGGCCUCUGAGAGGCCAGCUGGCCACCGGGACUGUCUUUCCUGCGGUGGAACUUUCCAGAUUAUCUUCCUUUCCCCCAUCUCGCCGUCUGCCUCCUGCCGUCUUCUCGGUGUUUAGCUCAGGCAGGGUCCCUCCUGCAGAAACCGCCCCUGCCCGCAGCGCGCGCGCUUGCUGCCUCCUGCCCGGCUAAGGGCGGGCGGUUUCAGACAGAUCCACUGGAGGGCAGAUGUCCAGAGCCGGGAGCCAAAGGGGGCUGUGGCAGAAGGGGAGGCGGCCUUCGGGCUCCGGCGAGAGAGGCUGACUCCCCCAGGAGGACCGGGCUGCCCGGGGGAGGCGAAUGCAGGGGCCCUGAGGCACUGACAGGAAGAGCCCCUGACUGCGGGGGGAGCUGAGGAGCGGGAGGGAGCUCCAGGGGCAGGGGGCAGAGACUCGCCUCACAGCGCGCCCCUCACGACGUCCCCGUCACGACGCCCUCCACACGACGCGCCUCCUCACAACGCGCUCCCCUCACGACGCCCCCGUUACCACGCGCCCUCCUCACGACCUCCCCCUCACGACGCCUUCCUCACGACGUGCCCUCCUCAUGACAUCCCCGUCACGACGACCCCGUCACGAUGCACCUCCUUCAGGAAGUCCCCCUCACAACGUACCCCCCUCAAGACGCGCCCCCCUCACGAUGCGCCCCUCACAAUGCGCCCCCCUCACGACCUCCCCCUCACGACGCCUUCCUCACGACGUGCCCUCUUUACAACGUCCCCCUCACGAUGCGCCCCCCUCACGACACGUGCCCUCACGAAGCCCCCGCGCACCCCUCCCACCGUCCCCCUCACUACGCACCCCCCCUUACGACGUCCCCCUCACAACGUGCCCUCCUCGCGACAUCCCCCUCACGACGCCCCCGUCACGACGCGCCCCCUUCGUUACGUCCCCCUCACGACCUCACCCUCACGACGUGCCCUCCUCACGACAUCCCCCUCACGACGCCCCCGUCACGAUGCAUCUCCUUCAGGAAGUCCCCCUCACGACGCUCCCCCCUCACAAAGUCCCCCUCAUGACGCCUUCCUCACUACGUGCCCUCCUCACGUCGCGCCCCCCUCACGACACAUCCCCCUCAAGACGCGCCCCCCUCACGACGCGUCCCCCUCACGAUGCGCCCCUCACAAUGCGCCCCCCUCAUGGCGCCCCGCUCACAAGGCGCCCCCCUCACGACGUCCCUCUCAUGACCCCCCCUCACCACGCCUCCACUGACAACGUGCUUCUCACGACGCCCCCCUCACGACGCCCCCCUCACGACGUCCCCGUCACCACGCUCCCCCCUCACGAUGUCCCCCUCAGGACACCCCUCUCACGACGUCCCCCUCACACUACCGCCCCUCUUGGCAGCUUGACCUUCAACCCUCCAGGGUUUCUUUUUGACCUUUGCUUUCCUUCCAAACUUUCCUGCCUCUGGAAUAGAAGCGUCACAGAACAGAAAAAGACUUUAGGGAUGGGCUGUUUUGCAGAUGCCACACACCACGUGUUCCCAGCUCUAAGAGGCCUGUUUGUCCCCAUUUUGCCACCUCUGGAUUCAGGACACGCCUGGCUGCAUUGUCUCCUUGUCUGCAUAAAAACUUGUGGGACAGAAGCCGCUGGCAGAUGUUGGUGGGGACCCUCACAACGCCCCCAAUUCAGGCCCCUGAGGCCACAGGAAAGGAUGUGGCACAAGGAGGCCAACCGUGCGGUCCUGCUUGGAGCGGUGACUGGGAAGACAGACGUACCCUGAAGAAGCACAGAGGAAUCGAGACCAAUUGUUUUUGCCUUAUUUUCCUAGUUAAGUAUACAAAGGAGUGAUAUUAAUAAAAACCUAUGUCUAAAUAAGUAAAAACUACUCUUUUGACAGGUACGAAAUGAAAACUCUGUGUUGAGAGCAGCUUUCUAGUUUGGGGGACAAUCUUGAUCUCUCUUAGCUGAAUGGGAGUCUUUGAUUCUAUGAAGGGCCAGACGCAUUGCUGGUGGGUGGGUUGGCACAGUCCACUGCAAGCCUUCAUCAAUGGCACUGGUGCCGCCGCUGCCGCAGGGAGGAGAGGGCUGCUCUGCGGAUUGACCGGUUGGAGGCAGGUGCAGGUUCCAGAGACCCCCAUGCUCCCCAGUGCUUGGGAGGCGCUGUGGUUUGACUUGAAUGCUGCUGUGGAGUUAUUGGUGGCUCCCCCAAGCAUAGUUCCCAAAUGAACUGAGGUUUGAUGUUGUUUUAGGUACCAUACGUGUUAUUUUCUCAAAAAUAUGUCCUGGAACGUCCCUGCCUCCGAUAGCUUUCUUUGGGGACAUGAGUUCCCUGGUAUGUGGGUGGCAACACUGCCCCCUGCUGGUGUUGGGCAGCAUCAUCAGGCACCCGGGCAAAGGCUCCAGCCUCAGCCUCGGCCGUAGGUCACAGCCGAUUGGACACAGAACCUGAGAUUUUCCUACAAAGUUUAAGAUUUGAACUGAACACCAUCCAGAGGUGUGAUCCUAAAGCAAUGGCGACAUUGCUACUAGGUUCAACAGAACUUACUUUUUCCCUACUGCUCACCAGGUAUUAAAUAUUUAGUGACAUUUCUGUUACCUGGCAUUGUAAUUAUUUCAAAUGAAUUCUUGUGUUCUAUAUUGUUUCGUUUUUAUUGGACUAUGUUUUUCUUUACACGUAUUGUGGAUACCUUUGUAAAGACUCAUCCAAAUUUAUUUUUUUGCUCCAUAUUUUGUACGAAUUUUUAGUAAUGCAUUUGCCUUGUCAGUAUGAAUCUUAUAUAAAUUUAUUCUAAUUCAUUUCAUAUUGUGGCUUGCUUUCUAUUUACUGGCAUUUCCUGAAAUACAAUGUCUAUAUUUGCUUUUAUAUGAUAUGUGAAGUACUUGUAAAUUUACAAGUAAAUUUAUUGUGUU